GCGAGCCAUUGUGUAUGUGUGUGUCUGAGUUACAGCCGCUCUCCCAGUUAUGUCGUGAAUUUUAAGCCAAUAAGGAUGGAAGAGCGGCGUGUGGCGGAAUACUUCGUGGUGGCGGGACUGCCAGUCAACCCGCUGCCACUUGCUGACUUCUCGUGCGAUGGUGCAACACUCAAGUCCACACACAACCUGCCACCCAUCACAGACAUCGCUGUCAUCAAUCGCUCUCUUGGAGAAAUUGUGCCAGAUGGCUACACGUGUAUAGAGACAACACCCACUGGUUUGGUGGCCAACCUUAACCAUGGAGCUCUGCGCGCCUCAGAAAUGUUCCUCUGUUGUAGAAGAGGGCGCGACAAACAGCCACUGGUUGAUGUAGGAGUGUUGUACGAGGGACGGGAACGUGUAAUGGCAGACUCGCAGGUUGUGGAAUUCACUCAUGGAGGACGCAGUGCAAAUAUCAACCCAUCCGGCCAAACAACGUACAUGACUUACAGACGUGCGAAUGACAAUGCUGCGUGUAAUGAACUUGUGGUGUCUGACAUAUGUGUUAUCAUGACUAAUCGAGGAGACCAAGCACCUCACUCAUACUGUACCAUCGACCGCAACCUCAAUAAGGGAACUAUGGUUGGGUCAGACAUCUAUGUGUGCUACAAAAAGUCUAUGAAUCGGUCAAACUACAUAGCCUACAUGGCUGGUGUGCUUGACAGCUUCCCAUAUCUUGAUCGUCCUGGCUUCCCUGUACCGACUGACUUGGCGCUCUUCUGCCUUCCCAUGGGAGCUACACUGGAGUCAUGGCCGGCACAAGCUGUCAAACCCCAGCCAGUUUUCUCCACUUUUGUGCUCACAGUUACGGCUGGAGAAGGGAAUUCCGAAGCUGUGGAAAAAGUUUACGGGGCGGCGGUCACAUUCUAUGAAAAAUACCCACACGACCGCCUGACUCAGGAGCAGAGAGAAACCCUUAAACUGAACGAACACUUUGGUAGACACAACGUCGUCCAUACCAACAAGUGUAUUUGUAUUCUCUCUCGCUGGCCUUUUUUUGAUACCUUCGACAGAUUUUUAAAAUACCUUCAUAAUAUGGCAAACUCAGGACCUCACCAAGUACCUAUAGAAAGAUACAUCUAUCACUUCCUGGAGGGCGUGCCGUUCCCCAGUGCGCGAAGACCUAGAAUCCUCAUCCAACUGGACUCUAAAGAACGUAUAUCACUUGCACAGCCUGAGGACUCUCCAAUAAGCCUAAGUGGCGCCAAGUUCCGUCAGUUAGUGAUGAACCUGCGCCCAGAGGGUUGCCUCACAGUCCUGCUCUUUGCACUCACAGAACAGAAGGUCCUCCUGCACUCACUAAGACCAGACGUCCUCACUGCUGUGUCUGAGGCUAUAAGUAUGAUAAUCUUCCCAUUCCACUGGCAGUGUCCGUACAUCCCCCUCUGUCCACUUGGGCUCUCGGACCUUCUUAAUGCUCCCAUCCCCUUCCUCCUUGGCCUGGAUUCCAGGUUCUUUGAUUUGUACGACCCUCCCCAAGAUGUGAUAUGUAUAGACCUCGACACAGGAGCCAUGUCUGUACCUGAUGACAAGAAACAUUUUGUUACCAAGAUUCUCCCAAAUCGUCCUGUUCGUGUUCUCCGUGCAUCACUGGACAGCCUCUGUGAGAAGAUACAUAAGUUUGAGAAGUCUUUACAGCAACAUCUGAAGUCACAGAAAAUUGAGCCAAACAGCAGCAUUGACUCAGAUUUCAAAAUGAAGAGAAAAGAGCAACAACUUGAUAUAGAGAUCCAGGAGGCAUUUCUGCGCUUCACCGCCACCAUCUUGAAGGGCUACAGUGCCUAUUUACUUCCAAUUGUGUCAGCCAAAGCCGGUGCUGCAUGUGAUACUUCCUCCUUGUUUGAUCUUGAUGCUUUUGUCAAAUCAAGAGACAAGAAGUACCACAAGUUUUACCAGCUGAUGGUCAGCACUCAGAUGUUUAGCAAGUUUAUCGAGGAGCGUUCAUUUGUGUCGGACAAGGAUGCUUCCCUGGCUUUCUUUGAUGACUGUGCUGAGAAGGUGAUUGAGGAGGACACCACCGUUCGUCUGCUGGAGGUGGAGUUGGCCCAGAGUGAACACACGCUCUUUCUUCCUCCACCAGAACCUCUGUACCUACCUGAAGGUGUUACUUAUAGUUAUUCUGGUUUUCCUAAACUUAAACCUGAAUUGUUUCCUCUUCGUGAGCCCAAGCCUGCACUACCCCCGCAGGUCAAAGCCCCUCAGACUGCUCCUGCUUCCCCCCUGGCCCGUCGCACAAAACAAGAAGUAAAAACGGAUCAGAGACUUGCCUCAAAGUAUUCACUGACACCUAUACUGUGGGCCAAGUGUUUGCUCUCCACAUGCUAUAGCUUGUGGUUCACACAGCUCCCGGCAUUUGCCCUGACGCAGCACCACAAGGCUCGCUUUUUGCAGUUGGCUUUCAAGAUCCUCACCAACAUGCAGAAGCUACAUCUUUCACAAGCUGAUGAAGUGAGUUACCGUGUGAUGAUGCAGCUAUGUGGACUCUACUCCCAGCCCAUCAUGGCCGUCAAGGUGCUGUGUGAGAUGCGUCAGAAUGGCAUCACACCCAACGCCAUCACCUAUGGCUACUACAACCGGGCCGUUAUGGAGAAUAAGUGGACUCACUCAAACCUCUUUUGGAAUAAACUCAGGAAUGUGGUGAUUGGUGUGUCAGCAUUCAAGCGUUCGGGCUUGGAACGGGCUCAGAGAAGAAAAUCGUCUCUCUCCCUGGAUGUGGUGGACAAGUGCCUAACAGAUGCUGACAGUGCCUCACGAGUGUCGCUGGAGAGUGGCACCUCCCUGGACUCCCAUCCCCCUGCACCCCAUGCCAAGACUGACACUCUAAGCUCAGAUCCAGGGUAUUGCUCUGUCAGCGAGACGAGCGAAAGUGUUAGUUCUCCCGGGGCACCGCCAACGGCUGUGCCAGUUACUAAAGACCCAGCGCCUGGGGGCACCUCUAGUGCUAAUGUUUCCACCUUUUCCUUCCCACCAUCUUCAUCUAAGGAUCCCAAUCUUACCACUUGUUCACAAGCUCCUGUGCCAUCCUUGUCUACUGUUAAUGAGACAUCAUGCAUUUCAUCUGUUUCUUCUGUAACUACUUCCAUUCGUGAUUCUGUAACACCAGUUUCAAUUUCUCUGCCUUUGGCUUCUAUCACCACCACUACUGCCCCAUCUCUCACACACACUGGUAAUACAACUGCAUCGCCCCUGUCCGUCAGCAUCACUACUUCGUCCAGUACUACCACAAGUGUUGCGCCUCUCUCCAUUAAUGCCUUCAUCACAACCUCUACAACCACCACCACUAUCACUACCACCACAUGCACCAGUACGUCAUCAAGCGUUCCCUCCACCACAGGUUCCAUGAAGACAACAGUAACUCCCUCCACCAUCUCCAUUGCAUCUACACCAUAUUCCUCAUCAUCAUCAUUGUCCUCUCUUGCCACCAUAGCUCCUUCAGGCAGCAUCAUUAACACAGAUCCGUCAUCAUCUACUCCUUCACCCUCGCUACCUCUCAUUGGUCCUGCUUUUACGUUGGUAAAUUUAGUUCCAUCCUCAUCCUCUACGCUCACAACAAUGGCCCCGUCCUCUUCAUUGGCUUCCACUUCCUCCGUAUCGUCCUAUGCCACAAGUCGAGUACUAGACUUCUCUGAAUCAGACGCACUGCGAGCAAGACUGGGCAGCAUAGUGAGGUCAUCAGCAGCUAGUCUUGCCAGCGGUGCCGACCUGCUUGUGAUUGAGUACAAUGUGGCUUUCACCAGUAGUGCAGGUCUGCUGAUGACAAGUGCCCUGGACAACAGUGUUUUUGAAAACACCUCUAGAACCCGGCUGCGACCGACUGAUCUGGCAGAUGCACUUUCUCCCACAUUAGAUCAGUAUGACAAGAUGAGUGAGGCAACAGCUGUGAGGACACCACCCGAUGUCCCUAUAUCAGUAGCACAGGACAAGGUGGUGCCAGAGUACCUCAGAUCUGACAGCUACGGCAGCGAUGCUAAGAUAAUUACCAACCUCCUGCGUCUGGCCAAGGUUGAUAUUGAACCACUAACUCAAGUUGGCCAAUUCCGGGCCAGCAGCGAACCUCCGUGGAGCGAAACCAGUACUCCUCCCAGUACUACAGUGGACCAAAAUUCCCCUUUACAUGACGACAUGAAGGGUGUCGAUCCUCUGUCUCGCAGUAAUGAUAGCUUGAGUGACAUUUCUGAAGAAGAGGCCGGGCCACGGACUGGCCUGGUGCAAGGGUUUUUUUCACGAAAUGCACCAGAAAGGUUAUCUAGUCUGUUCAAGCGGAGCGUGGACAGUGCCGACGAAAAGAUCCGAGGAUUCUGGAGGAGAAGUGCCAGCGUAAGCCGAUCCAGCAGUAAAGAUUCUGUUAAUUUAGAGCAAGGAGUCACAGAUUAUAUGGAUGGCAGCAUGGAAGAAUCUGUCGGUAAAAGUAGUGAGAGUAAGAGUAGUGCAGACAGAAGCAGUGAGGAAAAGACCCCAGAACCCUCAGAAGUCAGUGAUGAUUUGGAAAGCGCAGAUGUUAAGAAUGAUAGGUUAAGUACUUUGCAGCCACAGACAUUGCUUUUGCCCCCUCGAUCUCCUAAUAUUAAUAUUAAUAGACCUUCCAACUACUCUCCAAUACCAUCUAGUCCUAAACGCAUGCCCGUCACAGAAAAUGAUCCUCUCGGAGCUUUCAGCCCGUCUCAGACAAGCAACGACACGGGAUCAAUGUCCGGAGAAGCGCCGGCCUCUCUCACUAGUGUGGCUGCCUCUCAGGUAUCUGAGUCUCCAUUUAGUGCUCUCGAUUCAUCUCCAAGACAGAGCACAAGUGACGACUCAGAGAUAUCUUCUCUCGUCUCCGGACAAAGUAGCCAGCCCCGUAGGUUAUCUCGUCGCGUUGCACGCAGUGCCACCUUCACUGGCAGAAGUGGCCAGGACUCCGUAAGGCAGCGCGGCGUACAGCGCUCGGCAAACUCGCUCUGGACGCUGUCUCCCUCUCCUAGUCCAACCCACACCUCCAAUACAUCUUACCCAAAACGUGCACAUUCAUCAGAGCGUGCAGCGUCCGACGACCCCGCCAACUCAGCUCUGAUGGCAUCUACACCCACUUGGCCAUCCCUAAAGCUCUCCUUCAGUAACAGUAGCAGUCGUCUCGGCCUGGCUUCCAACAUGGCCUCCGUGGGUCUGCGACAAGCUACUAAGCAAAUUGAGCAGAUCCGAACUCAGUACAUCGACCCAGCCAUGGCCGAUCUGGGUCACUACAGCCCUAGUAACUUCAAUUACCGGAAGAAUGAACUGAUAUCGGGAGGUCUCAGCAGCGUGAAGUCAGCGGUAACUUCACUGUCCAAGAAAUAUAAUGAAAUACGCGACGCCAUCACUGCCACCAACACCCCUGUUAGAGGAGGGAUACACAGUGGCCGCAUGUGGGACGGCGAUGGGGACGAGGACAGUCUUGAUGGUUUCUGGAGCAGAAGAGAGUCGACCGACGUACAAGGUGUGGCGCCGUUGGAUGACCCGGGAGGCAUCACAUUCGGAGGAUCAGUGUUCACAGUGGGUAGUGAAGGAGAAGCCAUAGCAAUGCAGCAGGAUCUCUUCCCUCCCCUGGGUUGGGAUCCCACCGGUCCAUUCUGCCUCGGCCUGUGGCUCACCUCUUGUACACGCUGCCACAACUGUGCUGCGCUUCUCUACGACGAGGAGAUCAUGGCUGGCUGGAGACCUGAUGAUUCUAAUCUCAACACUAAAUGUACAUUUUGUGAGAAGAUGACUGUGCCUCUACUUACAAUCACAAUAUAUGAUCUUCGACAAGAACCGCGGCCAUCAAAAGAGACUGAGGAUCCAUCAGAAUCUGGCAAACCUACACCAGCUCCCACCGGCGGUACAGGGGACGUGACUGACCGGGGAGUACCGCCCGAUGAACCUACAAAGGAAGAAGGGAAGGCAGACCCUAAUCUGAAGGAUUAUGUUGGAUCUCAACUACAAAAGAAGGGUGUCCGUUGUGAGCCAAUAACUGUACCGUACCUGAGUCCUCUAGUGCUGCGCAAGGAGCUGGAGACCGUGCUUGGCCACGAGGGGGACACCUGCCUUACUGAUGCAGCCUUCACCGACCACCACCCUAUCCUCUACUGGAACCUGCUAUGGUACUUUUGUCGGCUGAGGGUGCCAAGUCAUCUCCCUGGCUUGUGUCUAAGUGCCACAACUGUCACCCGUGACCGAGUACUGCAUCCAUCCUGGGAGGGAGCAGACUGGCAGAACGUGUACAUCCGAUGCCUGUGGGACAACACAAAGUAUCAUGAAGAGUUGGGUCAGCCAAUGUACCUCCAGUGGCAGCAGGACAAGAGACCGUCCCCAUUAGUGUCGGCAUUGGUCAAGGAGCGCACCAAAGUACCCAGGGAUGUGAUGCAGAGUGCGCUAACAGCUAUGCACAUGGAUGAUCUGACCACGGCCAUGACCCUUGUGCUGCGGGAACUGCGUAAAAGGCCUUCCACGUUAAAGAAGAAUCACUUUCCUAUAUACAGAGACCUCCUCUUCCUUGCAUCCUCCUGUAUCCCGCCUGCCCAGCUCAAUCUCACAUCAUUUGACCGUGAGUACCGCCGUGCAUACGAGCGUAACGAACAUACCUACAAUAAGCUGUUGUCACGCUCGGACACACCUCCUCCCAUUGCUGCCGUCUUCUGCCGCCGUUACUUCAGUCAGCUCAGCCUGUGAUACCCGACUCAUUGACUUCCACCCGGGACCUGCAUCACACUCAGGACCUGCCAGUGGGACAUGAGAUCCCAAAUAAGGAAAACAGGGCUCUCAGUGAAGACCUGUACCGUCACCGUCAUACAGAUCCCGUCGCUAGUAUUUGGGACCUGUAGUUGGCACCUGUAACUUGAAAGGCGACUUACAAAUACGCUGUUGACUCUUUGAGGUUUAAGGUAAAAUUUAUUAUAAUAUGAAUGUUUCCCGUCCCCACCCCAAAAAAAAAAAAAUAUGUGUUAUGUAGAAUACCUUGAAGGGUUUGGGUUUUUUGUGAUAAAUCUGAAGUUAAUUCUUGCUACUCCUUUUAAGUGAUGGGGACAUAUAACUAAUUCUCACAGGAGAAACUGUUAAUUUUAUGACUGUGAGGAUAUAAACAUGGCCUUUAAAUGCACAUUUUUUCUCUCCAAGGAAUGGCUUUAUUAUUUGGUAUAAAUUGUAGCUGUUUGCCUGAAUGUUGUCCUAAUAGUGUUCUAAGGGUUACAAUGAUCGGUUUGUACAGUAUUUUGCAAGAUGGAAAAUGUUAGUCAUCCCGGUGUGUGUUUUUUUAAUAACAAAUGGGGAGGUGGAGCUGGGGACAAAUGUUAUAGAUACAGUAUGUGUAAAUAAAAGGAUGCUGUUCGUUUUUUAUUUUUAUUAUUUUUGUUUUAAAGCUUUUGAAGUUAGCUUGUUUUCUUUUAUUUGCAUGUAUAUGAGACAACACACCAGAGAAAUUAUUUGCAUAAUGCUGACCAAUGGUGAUGACAGAUGAAGCCCCAAGUACAGUCAGUUGUGUGUCUCUGGAAAUGGUCCUGUAAACUCGGUAAAACAACAGAUAAACUUACCUUUAUCUCUACAACAUAAGACUUGAGAACUUGAGAUGGUAAUGAGUCUUAGGUUACUGAGUGAUGAGAGGUGACAAUAUUUUCACAGCGGUUAUACUCUACGUAUUUUACUGUGAGAAGCAGAGCUAACAAAACAAAAAGACAAAUAAAUGUGUGUUUUCCUUGUAAUAUUCAAUUGUUCAUCUCUAAUGUAGGUUAUAAAUUGCCAUGUACUUUCCUUGUGUUCUGUUUCUUCACCAUACUUGGUUAUAGACCCUUGAAGACUAAUAUGUUUAUAUAUUUUGUCAUGUAAGGAAUGUUUAACUCUGACUUUCAAUGGAUAAAUAAUUUUGGCAAUUUUACUACUUAUAGAAAUGCCCUUAAAAGAGCAUUACAAUAUGGUGUGCCUUAGUUACAUGGUUGAAGGCACUUGGUUUGUGUGUGUGUGUGUGUUCCAUGCUUAUAUUGCCAUUGCUGGCCUUCAUGUUCAGUUUAUUCCACAGACUAUAGUAAGCUAUACGAUUAAAAUAACGUUAUGUCUCCAGUAAUAGAAGGGACUGACAAGUGCCCACACACAUCAGCCCUAGUGAGGUGAGCUACUUAAGAGCAGAAAUACUGUAAUGUUUUGUUUUGUGUUGUAAUACUGUACAAGCUUAUAUAUUUUUUAUGAGAUUCUUGCCAAUAUUUUAUGAAUACAUUUUUGUCACUUCUCUCCCAAGUAAACAGAGGCAGCUUUUGGGUGCAGGUGAAUAUAAACCUCUUGUAAGUUUCUUGUGAGUUUUACAAGAAUUACAGUAAUGUCCGUUGUGCCCGUCUUGGUCUUCUCUUGGAUGGAUGGACACCCACCAAGGGAGGACAAUUGGUUUAGUUAGUUAAGGGCUUUUGACAUGACAGAGUGACCAGCUUGGUGUACUCAAUCGAUGGUACAGUAAUACCCCUCCAACCCUAUCUGGCUGAGGGCUCUGACUAUUUUCAUGAAUUAGGAUUUCAGAGCAGUACCAGUUGUGACUCACUAAAUUGAUUUUAGGGUAAUGAGAAUAUUGUAUAAUGUAAGGGACCCCUCCCCAAAUAAGUCAGGGAGACUAUUUAAGGUCCAACCUCUUUAUAUCAUCAGUGCUUAGUUGCUAAGGGUCUACCCUCAAAUAUCCUCGGCUCUCAAUACCACAGUUUGGCCACGUAUCGGAUAAAAAUCUUAAUUCAUAUACAGUACAAUAUUUGGCGAUUUUUAAAACCACCUUUUUUCAUACUUAAUUUAUCCCGUCACUAGGAUGUAAUAUGUUGCUGAGCGCUGAACACGAAUUUUCCAUUGGGUAGACCUUUUAGUUUUAAACACGGCUUUUAUUAAAGAGGAGACCAGACAGAUGCGCUAUACGAUGUGCAAUUGUUUAUUAUCAUACUCAAAGAGGUGAACCACAUCAUAGUGUGUGUGUGUGUGUGUGUGUGUGUGUGUGUGGUUAUCACAAGUUAUUGCCUGGCCAAAACCAUAGAUUACCUUUCUGUGGUUUUACUUGUCGUGUAUAAAGAUAUCAGCCUGUGAUCUUGCUUAGACUUCUUAUUUUCUGUUAUCUUAAUGUUUUGAUUCUCAUCUGUUACUUGCAUAGGAAUUUUAUGAUCACAUAUUUAGUUGACUUCCACUACCCUAAUAGCAUAUAAGACUUUUUUUUUUUAAGUCUUUCAGAAUAUGUUCAACUCUGCCCAAGGUUUAUGUCCAUGCCUUUAUUGAAUUUAUGAAAUAAUUGGUAGAUUGAGGCACUAGUUCUUGAUUAAAAUUUAUGUUAAACAGAACCUUGUCCCACGACCCCAGUAACUUGAGUCAUGAAUAUCCAUUAUGUUACUUUUUAAUGUGUGUUCAUGCUAUUCCAUAUACAGUGUAAGGAAAAUGAAAUGAAGCUUUAAAUUGUUUCCUGAAGGGGAUGAUGACCUUGUAGGAGUCAUACUGUUUUUGAGACAGAGUAGCAUGAAGUACAGAAACACUAGCUGUUGAUCUUAGUGGAUAAUGGUGAUUCAUGUGAGCCAGGUCCUGGACAAGUAAAGUGCAGAUAUAUUGUGAAAAUAAUAUUCAUGCAAGAAAUGAAAUCUGCAUGACUAAGUUCUGUGUUACUGACAACCAUUUCUCUUGUCUGUCACAUGCAUGCCUCAAUAUGUGUGUGUGCAAAUGUGUGUGUGUAUGUGUGUGUGUCAGUUUGUGCUUGUGUGCAUGCAGCUUGAACUGGUGAGAAGUGUGUGGUAAGAAAAAUAAUAGAUGGCCACUUUUCAUGGGGUGCAUAACUCUCAGUUGUCAUGUGUUAUAAACCUCGUCUUGUUACUACACACUUGAUUGUUUCCUUUGAAGACUUGUGGGCGAUACGAGGCAUUUUCACUCUUACGUUGUUUAAAGUCCAUACAUAAAUAAGAUAUGUGCAACAUCAUUGGUUGAAAGUAGAUUCUAAGAUUCAUUACUAAUGUGAGUGUAAGAUAGAAGUCAUUUUGUCAUAAUACAUACCGUAAUGUCCUUUUCAUUUAUUUGAUAAUCAGCAGUUGGAAGGGGCAGCAACAUAACAAGAUAGUUCAUGAAAUUUUUAUUAUUUAUUUCCUACUCAUCUUCCUAACAUGCUAGAUCAUACUGCAGAGGAGUUAGGUUGUGUGGUUAUUCAGAUGAUGGAGUGACUUGUCAGAUCAAUACUGUGGUGAAAUGAGUUACGUCUUCAAGCAAUAGUCAGAUAAAACCUGGGAAGACUCGGCUAGCUCCUUAGGUGAUGAAUUCUGCAGAUUAUAGCGUAAUGAACAACAUUGUUUGAACCAUAAAAGAGAGUUUGAGUCUUCAGUGUAUGAGCAUUGACUUUUGCAACACAAUAUAGACUAGUCAAAAGCUUCACAGGUUUCAUGUACAGUAUAAUGUUAUAAAUUCACAAUGGUACUGAAAACAGAUUAUGUGUAUGAAAUUAGGUUUGGUGUGAAGUUUCGUAUGUUUGGUGAAGUUCAUAAAUUUGUUUUAUGUAAUUAGGUUACUUUAUCAGGGAUGGGUAUUAUCAUAAGUAGUAUAUCACAUGAUUGUAUACUUUUGUCUUUAUUAAUUAGGGACUCGUUUAUUUGCACAAAAACAUUGUAUAUAUAAAUUAAAUUAAAGAAGAACUACAUUAAUAGUGAUGUGAAUCAUGAGGACUGCAUGGUGACAGAAUGUUUGGGUAACAUAACAUUUUGGUGGUAAAAGACUUCAAGAUAUAUUAGUUGUCUCUCUUCCAUGGUCAACAUUCCUGAUCUGUGUAUACAUGUUAACUGUAAUACCACUACCGCUGUGCUCUGUGGUGGGUGCUGCAGCAAAUGUUGUAGUUACUGCUCUACACUUUUCAUCUGUCUCCUAGCUCAUUUAUCCAAGUGUUUAUGCUGUAUUUUGUGUGUGUCCAUCUCGUGUUGUCCUUUGAGAUAAGUCAAGAAGAAAAUGUUGCAGUUUACACGGUCACCAGUCAUCCAUGGGCUUAUACUGUGAUAUAUUCUGCACAUUUUACGUCCAACUCAUUUAUUUGUAAAGGAAACUGUAUUGUUUGUUGCUCAUGUAAUACAAGGAACUCUGUGUGAAGAUAAACACUAAGCUGGAGCAAUGUUGUGCAAACAUGACUUCCAACUUUUAAAUUUGUAUUUCAAUAUUGUUAUCUUAUAGAAACAAUCUUCCUUAUGACUGAACUUUCAACCAUGGGACAGGUAAUGUAAAAUGAAAGCUUUCUGAUGAGUAGCUCUUAUGUACUGUAGUUUAACUAAGUUUGUUUCUUUGUUCUCAUUUUAUAAUAACUCUUAAUAUCCCUUUUAGAAAUGAACUCUUGAGAUGUUCUAAGUUGAUUAAUGAUCUGAAACUGGUACGGGGCCGGACUUACCAAAAUAACUGUAUUAUGCGAUGGCUUUGAAAUGAAUUAAUUGUUUGAAACUUGUCUAAGCUAGAAUAAGGAAACAAAUUGGGUGCUGUGUAGUGUAUAUGUUGUGUUGAUAUUUGGAUUGCAGACCAUAACAGCUGAUAGUCAUGCAGAUGAAAGUGAUGGUCAUGCUCAAUUGUUUAUUAUUGAAUUUGCUUCUCAUUAUGCUGUUGAAUUGAGACAUUUUAUAUGGGAAAUCUAUUUGCUGUACAUAUUAAUAAAAAGGCGUUGAGAAAGGUAUUAGUG